UCCAAAAGCUUUCACAUCGCAUUGCACCCAUCGUAGUCAGUUUCAAUCGUUUCAAUUCAACGGAUUAAAAGCGGCGCAACAGAUUAAAUUUUCUCCAUUUUGUUAGGCGUUAGUUUACAAAAAGUUCAGUUAGAAAAGUUAUUUCCGAAAUAUAAUACAAAGGAAAUUUAUCAGUUAAAAUGAUCGACCUCCUGAAACCGUUGUUGAAUUUUCUUAAAACGAAAGAGGUCGACUCGACGAAUCUGGUAUGGCGUUUACACAGUCGUGUAACCGUUUAUUUGCUUGUAUUUUUUACGCUUUUGUUGUCCGCUCGCACCUACUUCGGUGAACCGAUCGAUUGCAUCAGCACCGCACCUGAAAGUGUUAAGAAAAGUUUGAACACCUUCUGUUGGAUUCUCGGUACCUUCAUAAGCAAUGACCCAAAAUUCGUUCACGCCAGCUGGGAUUUCAUCGAGAUAGGUGAUAGAAUGGGAAGCAUUCCUAAAGAAGAACGAGUCUACAUAAAGUAUUACCAGUGGGUGUCAGUUCUCUUGGCAAUCCAAGCAUUCCUGUUUUCCUUACCAAAGCAUUUGUGGCGAAUCUAUGAAAAAUCGCGGAUGCAAGAUUUAUGCGAAGGUUUAACAACGAUUUUGGUUCCGCCAGGUUGGAAUCCAGUUCGGAAAGGCCUCACUUUGCAGUAUCUAACGCAAGAACCAAAUCGAAAACACUGCAACUAUGCGCUAAUCUUUUUCGGGUGUGAGCUUCUCAACUUCUUGAUUGUUCUAUUUAAUAUGUGGAUGAUGCGCUUUAUUUUUGGAGGAUUCUGGAACAGCUAUCAACCUGCCGUACAAGCAUUGUUUUCUCUGGAUAUGAAUUCGUGGAUGUCGCUUAAUUCUUUGGUGUUUCCGAAGCUGGCUACAUGUGAAUUCAUCACUGUUGGUCCCAGCGGAACUAAACAGAAUUUCGACGCGCUCUGUCUUCUUCCUCAGAACGUUGUGAACGAGAAAAUUUUUGCCUUCCUUUGGCUAUGGUUUAUCUGUCUGGCCAUUAUUUCCGGAGUUCAAGUUUGCUAUAGACUGAUCCAGAUAUGCUGUCAAAGUGUUCGCUUACAGCUCAUCUACUGUCAGCUGGCACCGUUUAGCUAUCAUCGCGUGAAGCGUGUUGUUCGAGAGGCCAACAUUGGUCACUGGUUUCUGCUGUACCAGAUGGCGCGAAAUAUAAAUCGGAACGUAAUGAAAGAGAUCAUUACUGAUUUGGCAAAGAUUGGACAGGAACGGACUCAGUCAAUACAAAAUUUGGGACAACAACAAAUCGUGGAAGACGAAGAAGAAAUUGAAGAUGACGAGGUGACCGUUUGACGUUGGACUUCCACUGCCGUUAAUGAUUGAUUCAUUGUUUGCUUUCGUUGGAUUACUGAAUUGUAGGUGAAGGAUUUUUUUUAUUAUUGGUUUUGUUUAUGCGCUAAGCGAAUGUAAACAUACGGGCUUUAUUUGUAGAGAAAAUUAUUCAUGUAAGUAGAGAAAUAUAUGCAAUAUAUGUUAAAGUCAA